CGUUUACACUGAGAAAUCGAAACAAUUCCAGCAGCAGUUGUUGUUAUUUAACUGUUUCCUUAUGUUUGCUACACUAGAUUCAACAUAGUUUAGGACGUCGUGUCAGUUGUUAAAUUGAUGUCAUGUUAAUUACUAUCAACUUGGUCACGCGUUUAUCAGGAACAGCGCAACUUCUUCAGUAUGAGCACCUCCGAUCCUCCUCCAAAAAAGAAAUGCUAUAUGGGGCAGCACCAGAUCAAGAAGAAAAAGAGCUUUCAUCUUCCUGAUGCAGACAAAAGCAGUCUGUCAGACAAGACGAACAGUUCAGAGAACAUUAGCAGAGCCUUGGGUGGAGGAGCGGGGUUUCCUCUGGGAGAAUCCACACUAGCUCUUGAUGAAGAAUUGCUGCACAUGCUGGAUACUGCUGAAGCUGCAAAACCUGCAGAAGACAAAGCUUGUCCAAUGACAGUAAACAGAGAUGCGCAGAAAUCAGCUGCCAUUACAAGUCCACAGCCUCCUUCAACUGCUACAGAUGAUAAAAGGGAGAAUAAGCAGGUAACUGAGAUGGCACCUCCUCAGCCGGUCAUUCACACAUUGUUCAGAGUUCCCAGCAGUGGAGCGGGGAGCAUCGGUGGUAGAGCUGGCGAAUAUGAAAGACCAGGCUGGAGUGCUGACUGCAAAGACCUCGCUCAGAGGCUUCUCUUCAGCGAAGAUUUGGACGAAACAGAGCAUGCUCUGAAGGCUCCAGUAAACGGACAGUUGGUAGAACAAGAAACAAAUCUCCAUCAGAAAGUAGACUGCUCCACCAGUACACAGAAACCUGUGUCCAGAAGAAAUUGCUCUCCUUGCAGUGAAGACAAAGGUGGGGCACCUCCCAAUGUGUCCAGAGACUACAUCUUAUUCAAUCCCACCCAUCUUGCAGUGUCCAAGAAAAGGGCCAAACUGCAGCAGUCAUUACAGAAUCAAUCAGCCUCUGUUCUCACAGUCCCCAGUGGGUUAGACCUGAGUGCUCUCAAUGACACCUUACCUCAGCCAGGCAUUGCUUUGUGUGCUCCAGCAGAACAAGCUGAAAAGCUGUUGCUGUCCAGUUGGGGUUUACCAAAACCUGUUCUGGAACAGUACCAGAAACACAGAGUGACUCACAUGUUUGAGUGGCAGGCUCAGUGCCUCGCUGUUGGACAGGUGUUGCAAGGAGGCAACCUGGUAUACUCUGCCCCCACUAGUGCUGGAAAAACUCUGGUAUCAGAACUACUGAUGUUGAAGCGUGUGCUGGAGACCAAGAGAAAAGCUCUCUUCAUUUUGCCAUUUGUCUCUGUAGCCAAAGAAAAGAUGCACUACCUACAGAGUGUAUUUGAAGAGGCAGGAGUUCGUGUGGAAGGAUAUAUGGGCAGCACCUCGGCCGCUGGAGGGUUCACAGCACUGGAUGUGGCUGUUUGCACCAUUGAAAAAGCCAAUUCUCUCAUUAACAGACUCAUUGAAGAGGACAAUAUGGAUCUACUUGGUAUGGUGGUGGUAGAUGAGUUACAUAUGGUUGGAGAUUCAGGAAGAGGAUACCUACUAGAGCUGCUCUUAACAAAAAUCCGAUACAUCUCACAGAAGCAGAACACCACAGGGUCUCUCUCUGAGGGUGUACAGAUCGUAGGUAUGAGUGCCACUUUGCCAAACCUCUCCCUCCUGGCCAACUGGCUUGGAGCAGAGCUUUACCAAACCGACUUUAGACCGGUUCCACUGCAGGAGCAUCUCAAGGUUGGAUGCAACAUCUACGACAAGAACCUCUUAGUGGUUCAUCAGUUCACCCCUGCCCUCCAGAUUAAGGGUGAUGAUGACCACAUAGUGAGCUUGUGUUAUGAGACAGUGAGAGAGGGCCACUCUGUGCUGCUGUUCUGCCCCACGAAGAACUGGUGUGAGAAACUUGCAGAUGGCAUCGCCAGAGAGUUUUACAACCUCAGACAUACUGAACCUCAUGGUGAAUCAGAGCCUCAACCGGUGUGUCUGGAUCACGAGGGACUAGUGGAUGUAGUUGCCCAGCUAAGACGGACUCCUGCUGGUUUAGACCCCAUCCUCCAGCGUACUGUGCGCUGGGGGGUUGCCUUCCACCAUGCAGGUCUUACAUUUGAUGAGCGUGACGUGCUGGAGGGAGCUUUUCGUCAGGGUGUGGUGAGGGUCCUGGCUGCCACCUCUACUCUGUCUUCAGGGGUUAAUCUCCCAGCCCGACGGGUCAUCAUUCGAACCCCUACCUUUAACGGACACUUGUUGGACCCACUCACAUACAAACAGAUGGCUGGCAGAGCUGGGAGAAAAGGAGUGGACACAACAGGUGAAAGUGUGCUGGUGUGUAAGGAAGCAGAACGUCAGAAAGGUAUUACUCUCCUUAGAGGUGCUCUUCAGCCAAUCAGCAGCUGCCUUGUGAGAAGAGAGGGCAAGGGCGUCACUACUAGUAUGUUGCGGGCCAUCCUAGAGAUCAUUGUGGGAGGUGUUGCCAGCAGUCCACAGGAUGUGCGGACGUAUGCUUCAUGCUCACUCCUGACCGCCAGCAUAAAAAGUGAAGGCAGACAAUCAAAUGAAGAGAGCAGCAAGGGGGCUAUAGAGGCCUGUGUUGAAUGGCUGAUGGAGAAUGAAUUCAUUAGUAUCCAGAAGGAAGGACAAGAGGAGCAGUACCGUCCUACUCAACUUGGUGCUGCCACCCUGUCCUCAUCUCUAUCCCCUCCCGAGGCUUUGGGUAUAUUUGCAGAUCUCCAGCGGGCCAUGAAGGGCUUUGUUUUGGAAAAUGACUUGCACAUUCUGUAUCUGAUCACCCCAUUGUAUGCAGAGUGGACUACCAUAGAUUGGUAUCAGUUUUUCUGUUUGUGGGAACAGCUCUCAUCAUCAAUGAAAAGAGUAGCAGAGCUGGUGGGUGUCCAGGAAGGCUUUCUUGCACGGUCCGUCAGUGGCAAACUUGUUGCCAAGACAGAAAAACAGCGAAGACAGAUGGCGAUUCAUAAACGUUUCUUCACCACACUUGUUCUACAGGAUCUGGUGAAUGAGGUCCCUUUAGGGACAGUGGCAUCCAAAUACAACUGUAAUCGUGGACAAUUACAGUCUCUCCAACAGUCUGCCUCAACAUAUGCAGGUAUGGUAACAGUGUUCUGCAAACGUUUGGGCUGGCACAACAUGGAGCUGCUACUGUCCCAAUACCAGACCAGGCUGAGCUUUGGAGUCCAGAGGGAGCUCAUCGACUUGGUCAGAGUUUCACUUUUGAAUGCAACAAGAGCCAGAACACUCUAUGCACAAGGUCUGUGUACUGUUGCUGAACUUGCCAGGGCAACUGUAUCUGAUGUGGAGAAAGCAUUAAGGAAUGCUGUACCAUUUAAGAGCUCUAAACGUGCAGUGGAUGAGAGUGAGAUGGAAGCAGCAGAGAGAAGGACUCUUCGGUGUGUCUGGGUCACUGGUGGACGGGCCCUGACAGAGCAGGAGGCUGCCAUUGAGAUAGUGUCUGAAGCAAGACUCCUCCUUCAGGAAGACUUGGCACAUUUAGGAGUUCAAUGGGACCCAUCAACACUUCCUCCUGGAGCUUCUGCUGUUAACAGACAGGAUGAGCAUCACAGCACAAAUUCUGAUAGUUCAUCUUGUUCAUUUCUGAGUUCACAAGAAGCACAGAUAAACGAUUCUAAAGACUGUCCAAAAGGGAACAGGCCUAACCAAAGGAAUGGUGGUGAACUGGUGAAGAGCAAAUUUGAGGAGCAUAGAGAGGAAAACAGCAACGAACCAGGCAAUGAAGUAACAACAGAAAGAGUGAAAGAAGCAAAUAAAGACAGACAUCCAGAAACAUCUAUGAAUAAAAAAACAGAAACCCCAAAUGAAAAAAGACAAGGAGAAAAACAUAAAAUAGCAAAACAAAGUAGCAGCAGUUUGAUAAGUGCAGAUCAGAAAGAAGGGGACAGAAGUAAAGUGAAGACCACAGUCAGACCACAAGGUCAAGACAGUAAUCGUUCCAUUUCUGAAAGGAAUCUGACUCAAGAACUGGCCGAGAUUCUAUCCAGCCCUUUUCUCCAAUCUGCACCACAUAUUGGGUCCCCGCCUUUGCCGAUGCCUCCUCCUCGAUUUAGAGCCCCUGUAUCCAGUGUUGAAGAAAAACAAAACACUUCCUUGAGGACAUCAAAAGGAAGCUGUACCACUGGAGUUAAUGCUUCACCUGAGCAGCCAGGACAACUGAAGCAUUCUAGAGCUUUAAGCAAAGUCCUCCAUUCAAUACAAACUGAAAAACUGCACAUAAAUGUAGAGACUUCACAGCCAUCACACUCCACAGUAGCAGAUACAGUCCAAACUGCAGCCCCUGCCACUUUUUCUGCUCAAGAUCCCAAACAAGACACUCCCACACACGCAAACAUGUCUGUCUCACCUGCCUCAGCUCCCUUAUUCUCCCCUGAGGCUAAACGAAGAAGAGUGGAGGUUAGAGAAGCAGAAAAGUUUUCAUCUCCUGAGCUGUAUGCACGAGGUGAAGGAGAAGAAGAGGCUGAAGGAGAAGCUCAAAAGGGGGAGGAGAGUUUUGGUGAUAGCUUUGAAUUAGACAGUCAAACAGAGAGAAUCAUUGCACAGCAAACAUACCAGCAGGAUGUAGAAGCAGAAGGAGAAGAAGAAAUGGCAGCGGCAGCUGCAGAAAUGGAGGGGGGAAGACAUGGGGAAAGAAAUGGGUGUGAUGCUUGUAUAGAUGAGGGUCCCAUGUUGAGUAUUUCUAUCACAGAUAGUCAGAUGGGGCUCAUCCUCAACACCAUCCAUCAGAUUUCUCCUGGGCCGGGUGAUGGGGAAAAUAUUGAUAAAGGUAAAAAUGAGGGUGAUGCUAAUGAAGAUGAGGCCACCAGUGCCUAUCAGGAUGCUUCAGAUAGUCUAAAUAGAAGUAGCAGCUUCCUGUUUGACAGCUUGUAUGACAGCUCUUUGCUGGCUGGUCUCAGCCCAAAUCACAUACUUGACCAGUCACAUGAAGAUAAAGAAGUAGCUUGCCAGGAGAUCAGAGACAAAUGCCCCCUUCCAUCGACACAGGAGCGACGGCGCAGUGAGCUUCUGGCCAACCAAGAGGCAGAAAAACUGGAGGCUCUUCAAUGGAGUGAAUCCUCCUUUAACCUGUCAGAGUGGGGAGACUCUUUGUUGGUGGGUGAGCACUUCCUGGAGAGGCAAAGUUUGUUCCGGCACACAGAGAAAGCUCAAGAGGAGCAAGAACCAAGCUGUCAUCAAGCUCAAAAUCCCAACAUAGACGACAGUGAGAAGGUAGUACAUAUACAACCUACAACUGGUCAGAUUCAGCCUUAUUGUGUUGAAACUCCAAAUGACCAUGGGAGUCCAGCUCAGAAACGCCAGUUGAAACAGCACAUUAAAGCACAAAAUGAUGAGCCUGCUGGGAGACAGGGAAAGAUAGAUGAAGAUGAGGAACACAUGAAUCAGGCAGACAAGGAAAAAGAACAUGUCCAGGCUGGACCAGGAGAUGCUUUUUUCUGCAGCCCUGGUCUCCAAGAGAUCUUUGACCGCUGGCCUAGUAUGACAGACCAGCUCUGGCAGAACACUACAGCAGGCCCAUCAGCAAUUCAAAUGAAGACUUCUGCUGCAAAUACAGUGGGUAGUCUGGAAAUGCUUCAAUCUUUAAUGCACGCAGGCGGAAAAAGAGAAGAACUGCAUGUGCAAAAUGCUGCUGCUACUACUGAGACAGAUCCUCAAGAAGAACCAACAAUACACAACACAGAGAAUGUAACUGAGAGACCAGGGUUUACUGCUGACCUUGUUCCUCCGACUCAGCAAACGGCACCUGUCACACCGAGAGUAAAGUUGACCAUGUCAUCGGUCCAGUCACCUCUGACCACUCAGCCACUCAACCAGUCAACUCCCUCAGCUGUUCCUCCUGUAAAACCAGCAGUCACAAAAUGUACAAAAUCUCACCCUGAACCUAGAAACCUUUCAUCAGAAGCUCCUGUAAAAUCUACAUCAGAUCUCAAUCCCAAACAUCAGCUAAGACAGGAACCAAAGACCCUACCUGAGUUUAGGUUGGGUCCAAAUGGUGACCAUCAUCAAGACAGUAGUUCUUCAUCCACUCUGCACAAAAAGUCUCCCUCUGAUUUGGACUCAUCCAUGACUGAGGAAGGCUUCACUCUUCAGUUAUCCCAGGAUGUUUCUCUCUGUUCCAGCAACUCCGGGACCUUCUCCAUCAUAGAUGUAGCGAGUGACAGGCGGCUCUUCAGUACUUUCAUUGACGAGUGGAAAACUAAAGAGAGGUACUCUCUGGCUUUGGCCUGUGAAAAGAAAGUGCACAGACAGCAGCCUGAGGGAGGAAUAGGAGAAAAGCACAAGAGAGUAUCAGCAGCUCAUCAGAAGCUGAGCAGCGUCGAUGGUUUUCCUGUAAGAGACAGUGAAGGACUGGUGCUAAUUGGACUCUCUGUCUGCUGGGGAGCAAGAGAUGCAUAUUACAUAUCUCUGCAGCAGGAGCAGAGCAAAGGUUUAAGCUCUAGUCUCGCCCCUCCUCCAUUGGAUGAGGAUUUGCCAGUGAGUGAGAGGCUGGAGCAUGUGAAGUGCUGUCUGGGCAGACCGCCGUUUGGUCGUAGAGGGGGUGCUUUCAUCACUUAUGAUGUCAUCAGGGCGUACAAGACGCUGGUACUGAGCUGUGGUAUCACUGUGGAGGAAAACUGUGAAGACCCCAAGGUUGCCUGUUGGCUGCUGGACCCUAGCAGUGAGGAGAGAAUUCUGCACAACAUGGUGACUGUCUACUGUCCAGAAGAAUUGCCUCUGCUGGAUGGACUUGGGAGUGCACACACAUACUGUCCACGUGUUAGGGCGGCGACUGAGAGUGUGCUUGUAAACGCUGUGAUGAACUCUCUCACCGGACUACUAGACAAAGAUGGCAUGCUUGAUUUGUUUAGGACCAUAGAGAUGCCUUCACAGGUAUGUUUAGCUCUGUUGGAAUUAAAUGGGUUGGGCUUCAGCGUCCAAGAGUGUCAAAGACAAAAGCAUGUGAUGCAAGCCAAACUCACAGCGCUGGAACUGCAGGCUUAUGAUCUUGCUGGACACAGUUUCUCCCUCACUAGCAUCGACGACAUUGCACAGGUGUUGUUUUUGGAGCUCCAUCUGCCUCCUAAUGGUGAUGUCAGUGCUUCAAAAACCAAGAAGACACUGGGAUACACAAGGAGAGGCGGUGGCAGAGUACGGCUUGGAAAACAGUUCAGCACCACCAAGGAUGUUCUGGAGAAGCUUCGCCUUCUGCAUCCACUGCCUGGAAUAAUUUUGGAGUGGAGGCGGAUAACUAAUGCCAUGACAAAGGUGGUGUUCCCCCUGCAAAGGGAGAAGCAACACCACCCUGCACUGUCCAUGGACAGGAUAUAUCCCAUUGCACAGACACACACAGCUACAGGCAGAGUGAGCUUCACUGAGCCCAACAUACAGAAUGUCCCCAAGGACUUUGAGAUUAACAUGCCCACAGUGGUGGGUGAGAGCCCACCUUCACAGGAAAGCUACCACAUGAAACCAGGAAAAAACAGAUGCUCUGUUGCUCCUUCAUCUGCAGCUUGUACUGCAGAAAGAGGUCCGGCAUUCUCUGUCAGCAUGAGGCACGCCUUUGUACCUUUUUCAGGUGGAAUGAUAUUGGCAGCUGAUUAUUCCCAGUUGGAAUUGAGGGUGUUGGCUCACCUGUCCAAGGAUCAGCGCCUACUACAGGUCCUGAAUGGAGGAGCAGACGUCUUCCGUUGCAUCGCUGCUGAGUGGAAGAGUAUGGACCCAGAGACUGUCAAUGACAACCUCAGACAACAGGCAAAACAGAUUUGCUAUGGCAUUAUUUACGGAAUGGGAGCCAAGUCUUUAGGGGAGCAAAUGGGAGUGGAGGAGAAUGACGCUGCCUGCUACAUAGAGAGUUUUAAGGCCAGAUACAAAGGAAUCAGUGCUUUUCUUAAAGAGACAGUGAAGAACUGUAUAAAGAAAGGCUAUGUUCAGACGCUGAUGGGCCGCAGGAGAUACCUACCUGGAAUCACUAACACCAACGUGCACAUCAAAGCACACGCAGAGCGACAGGCAGUCAACACCACCGUUCAGGGUUCAGCUGCAGACAUUGUUAAACUCGCGACUGUGAACAUUCAGAAACGACUACGAAAAACAUAUCCUUCAGCUCCGAUAUCCCUCCAACACAUACUGUCAGCUCAUGUGCACCGCAGGACGCCUCAUCUGCAAGGAGCCUACUUUGUCCUGCAGCUUCAUGAUGAGCUCAUCUAUGAAACCACAGAAGAAGACCUCAUACAGGUUGCGCAGAUAGUCAAGAGGGAGAUGGAGUCAGCAGUAAAACUGUUUGUAAGACUAAAGGCCAAAGUCAAAGUGGGUCCCAGCUGGGGCAACUUACAAGACCUAGAUAUAUAAUAAUGAUGUGAAUGUUGGUGUGUGUCAUAUCUGAAUACUAUCCUUUGUAUUAAAUAAGAUUUUUAAUAACGCUACAUUUAAAAGGAGCUGUAAAUAAAUGUGGUUGGAAUAUGAACUGUAAACAUGAACAAUAUUUGUGAUUUAUAUCAGUUUC